AUGGAGCAUGAACUUUGCUAAAAAAUACAGCAGAACUGGUCAGAGCAGAAAGACUCUGAAGAGUAGGAACUAAUGCGUUGUUAUAAAAGACUGAUAAGUUCGGUUAAAGUUUAUGAAUCUGUUAAUAAGGAUGAUGAAAAUUAAGUUCAGAAAUUAAUAUCACAAAGAAGAUUGAAAAGAAAAGCUAUUACAAUAAAAAAUUUAUAUAAGAUUAGACCUGAAUUAAAUAAUCUUGGACAGUUGAACAUUAUUUUAUAGUAUUCUUAUUUUUAAAUAAAUUAAUAUAGUUAUCGCUUACAUUAAAUUACAGAAGAUUAAAUAUAAUUUUUAGAUUAUUUAAUUACUGAUUAUCUAAUCAAGUAUUCAUAAAAGUUCAAACAUACUUAAAUUUAAAAGGAUAUUAUAGAGCACCAGAAAUUAUGGUUUCUUCUCAAUAAUACUGAAUCCAAUUGA